AUGGACCUAAAAGGUCUUCAUCUUCUGUUUCUCCUACUGCUGUCCCAAGGAAUUCAUCUUGCUCAAGGAAGUUGUGGCAGUGGAGAGUUUCAAUGCACUUCUGGACAAUGCAUCAACAAAGCUUGGAGGUGUGAUGGGACUAAAGACUGUGCAGAUGACUCAGAUGAGCUGAACUGUUCACCUCCAUCAUGCACCUCGCAGGAGUUUAAGUGUGUAACAAGCGGCGAAUGCAUCUCUUCGGGAUUUGUCUGCGACGGAGAGGAAGAUUGUAUUGAUGGAACAGAUGAACAAAGAACUUGUGGUGGGCGGACCUGCAGCCCGGACCAGUUCACCUGCCAGGAGGGCCAGUGUGUCCCCAGCAAAUACAGAUGUGACCACGUAAAGGACUGCGUGGACAACUCUGAUGAGAACAACUGCAACUAUCCCCCUUGUACUGAGAAGACGUGUGCCAAUGGGGCCUGUUACAACAACACUCAGCACUGCAAUGGGCUGCAGGACUGUAGAGAUGGCUCUGAUGAAUUCAACUGCACGACACAGCACUGUCCCAUCCACCAGUAUGAGUGUGCAAACGGCUACUGUAUCCCUCGUCCGUUUGUCUGUGACCACUGGGAUGACUGCGGGGACAACAGCGAUGAGCAAGGCUGUGCGUACCAGAGCUGUAGUGGCGGUGAGUUCACAUGUUCGAGUGGCCGCUGUAUUCCUCAGCGCUGGGUGUGUGACGAGUUCAACGACUGUGGGGACUUCAGUGAUGAGAGAGGAUGUGAUAGUAACUCUGGAUCCUGUUACCCUGGUGAGUGGGGAUGCCCGGGCUCGACAUUAUGUAUACCAGUGGGCAAAGUGUGUGACGAAAAACCUGACUGUCCUGGAGGAACCGAUGAGACCAACUCCACAGCACAGAAAACCUGCAGCCUGGACCAAUGCUCUGCCUUGAGUUGUGAGUACCUGUGCCACCCGUCUCCUCAGGGGGGGGGCUGCUACUGCCCAGAUGGUUUCACUGUAGCCAAUGACAGCCGUUCCUGUGUAGACUAUAAUGACUGUCAAAUCUGGGGGAUCUGUGACCAGCUGUGUGAAGAUCGUCUUGGGACACACCACUGUAGCUGUGCUGAUGGAUACUUCUUGGAGCAGGGUCACGUGUGCAAAGCCAAUGUGUCAGCUGGAUUGCCACAGCUCAUUUUCACCAACGGGGGUGAUGUGAUGAUGGCGGAUAUACAUGGACGCUUUGUCAGAACUCUGGUGCCGUCCCAGGGCAAAGGUUAUGCUGUAGGUGUGGCAUAUCACUGGCACAGCGACACAGUCUUCUGGAGUGAUACAAACACCAAAAAGGUGUACUCUGUGAACUACAAUGGGGGGAACAUUAAGGAGGUUCUGACUGCUGCAGUCCAGAAUGUGCAGAACCUCGCUGUGGACUGGAUCAACUUCAAACUCUACGUCCUAGAGGCCAUGAUGGAGCGUAUCGACAUGUGCGACUUUGAUGGAGGGAAUCGGGUCACACUGGUGGCUGAAAACCUGCAGACUCCUCACGGCCUGGUCCUGGACCCCACAGUGGGCUACAUGUUCUUCACAGACAUGGGCGUUUCCAGUGAGCAGAUGAAGCUCGAACGCGCCUUCAUGGACGGCAGCAAUCGUAUUGAGCUGGUGAAGAAGGGACUUGGCAUUCCAACAGGAAUCACCUUAGAUAUCGUGACUCAGAGGGUCUACUGGUCCGACAGCCACUUUGACACGGUGGAGACUGUCACCUACAGCGGUCUGGACAGGAAAAUGGUACUAAAUGGUGCAACCCAGGCUCCACAUCCAUUUGGAAUUGCUGUGUUUGAAAACAACGUGUUCUUCACGGACUGGACCAAGAUGGGUGUGGUGAGAGCCAACCGGUUCAACGGCAGCAACCCAGCUCUCCUCUAUCGCACCGCUAAGCGCCCCGGCCAUGUUGUAGUGUCACACCCUGCCCUGCAACCCGUUGUGAUGAACCCCUGCGGCCGACACAACGGAGGCUGUCAGCAGAUUUGUGUGUUGAGUCACCGCUCCGACAAUGACGGUCUGGGCUUUCGCUGCAAGUGUAGCCAUGGUUACGACCUGCAUUCAGACCGCCGGACCUGCUAUAAGGUGAAGGACUUCCUGUUGUUGGCCACCUCUCUGGGGGUGCGGGGGAUCCCACUGAACUUGUCCCUGCAGGAGGACAUCACCCUGCCCCUCUCUGGGCUCGGGACGUCUUUCUCUGGCUCAGCUGUGGAGUUUGACGGCAAAGAGGAAGCCAUUUUCUACAACGACAGGUCCAGAGGCCUCGUCUAUAAGUCCAACCUCAAUGGCACUGUCCAACAGAUCUUAACGGGCUACAGAGUGGGAAUAAUUGACGCCAUGGCUUACGACUGGACCUCUAAGGUCUUGUUUUGGACCACGAGCACUUACAAGUCGGUGGUGGCCUUCAGAGUCGCAGACAAGUCAAGACGAGACGUUGUGACGGGAUUAAGGAACCCAAAAGGAAUCGCAGUGCAUCCCAGUGCUGGCUACUUGUUCUGGUCUGACUGGUACCGUCCCGCGGUCAUCAUGAAAGGCUUCACAGACGGCAGUAACGCAGUUCCUCUGGUCAACACAACGCUGGGAUGGCCGUAUGGACUUUCUGUUGACUAUGUGAUGGACCGGCUGUACUGGGUGGAUUACCAGUUGGAACAGAUUGGUCACAUUGGCAUCGAAGGAUACGACAGACAAACAUUUACCAAUAUCGGCCAGAUCACACAACCCUACUCUCUAACUAUCUAUUCAGACUACCUGUAUGUAGCUGAUAUAAGGACCAAAGGAGUAUUCGAGAUGAGGAAGAGGGAUGGAGGAGGAAACAUCAUGAUCAGACAAGGAGUCACCGGCAUCAUGAACGUCAAGGCCUACACAGCUGACCUGCACAGCGCUAUCACCAGCCGCUGCAAUGUGGUGGCCAACGGGCUCUGCAGCCACUUCUGUUUCCCGACCCCCUCCUACAGCCGAGUGUGUGGCUGUCCAUAUGGCAUGAAACUUCAGGCCAAUCAGAGGGACUGCAUCAAAGACGAUUCUGUCCCCCCACCUGAUAACAACUGUGGAGACCUCGCCUUUGAGUGUGAUGAAGGACGCUGCAGGCCCAACUCCUACCGCUGUGAUGGAAUUAGUGAUUGUGUUGAUAAGUCUGAUGAGGCCAACUGCACCGAUACAGGAGCGACCUGCUCUCCGAACGCGUACACCUGCAACAACAAGCACUGUAUCCAGUCCGGUUGGCGCUGUGAUGGCAUGGAUGACUGCGGGGACGGCUCUGAUGAGACGAACUGUCCCACUCGUCUUCCCACCACGUGUGACCCCAGCUACUUUACCUGUGAUAACAACAGGUGUAUCUCUCAAAUGUGGUUGUGUGACGGUGACAACGACUGCGGCGACGGCUCGGAUGAACACAACUGCAAUUCGACCAUCACUACAUGCUCUCCAAACUACUUCCUGUGUCCCGACCACCGCUGCAUUUUCAACUCCUACGUGUGUGAUGGAGACCAGGAUUGUCUUGAUGGCUCUGAUGAGAAAAACUGUGAGUACGCCUGUGCCUCCCAUGAGUUUGCCUGUGCCAGUGGGGACCAGUGCGUCAGUUCCAGAUAUCAGUGUGACGGAGUGUUUGACUGCAGGGACCAUUCUGACGAGCGAGACUGUCCCACCCGAGGUCCAGGCCUUUGCCACGAUGAGGAGUUCCAGUGCCAGACGGAUGGUUUCUGCAUCCCAAAGGAGUGGGAGUGUGACGGCCAUCCAGAUUGCGAGGACGCGUCUGACGAACACAACUCCUGCGCCCCUAUCACCUGCAAGCCCAACUAUUUCCAGUGUACCAACAAGAUAUGCAUCCCAGCAAGCUGGUUGUGUGACGGCGACAACGACUGCCGGGACAUGAGUGAUGAGCAGAACUGCCCCACCCCUCCAUUCAGCUGCCCCUCUGGACAGUGGCAGUGCCCCACGGACCUGCUGUGCAUCGACCUGGACAAGGUGUGCAACGGCCAGAGGGACUGCCCCAAUGGAGCCGAUGAGUCGCCUAUUUGCAACCAAGACGACUGUGGGCUGAACAACGGGGGCUGCAGUAACGGCUGUGUCCAAGGACCGUUUGGGGUUCAGUGCACCUGUCCGUCAGGAUUUCAGCUUCUCAACGACUCCAAGACCUGCGAAGACAUCGACGAGUGUCUGAUCCCAGGUUUCUGCAGCCAGCAGUGCUUCAACGAGAGAGGAAGCUUCCGGUGCUACUGCUCAGAGGGUUACAUCCUAGAGCCUGAUGGGCGCACCUGUAAAGCUGCAGACCCAGGAGCAGCUACACUUCUGGUGGCCAAGCGAAGCCAGAUCAUCGCCAAUCGGAUCAACAUGAGACCCCCCCUGUUGCGCCCAGUUGUCAGCGGUUCAAGCAUCGUGACUGUGGACUUUGAUCGUGUAACUUCCAGAAUAUACUGGGCAGAUGCCUCGCAGAAGAAGAUAUGGAGUGCCUUCCAGAACGGCACCGACAGACGGGAAGUGUUCUCCACCGGUCUGAUGGUACCAGAGAGUAUAGCUGUGGAUUGGGUGGGGCGGAACCUUUAUUGGACCGACUCUGUGAUGGAGAACAUUGAGGUCUCAACUCUGGACGGUCGCUUUAGGAAAGUCCUUCUCACCAAGAAUGUUACCAGCCCCCGGGGACUGGUUUUAGACCCCCGUAACUACACCAACCUGAUGUUCUGGUCCGACUGGGGUCAGAACCCCAGGAUCGAGCGGGCCGACAUGGAUGGAGCCAUGAGAAAAGUCAUCGUCAGCACCAAACUCUACUGGCCUAACGGCCUCGCCCUGGACUACACCACCCGCAGGGUCUACUUUGCUGACGCCUACCUCAAAUAUAUUGACUAUUGUGACUAUGAUGGCAAUAACCGCUAUCAGGUUAUGGCGAGUGACAUGGUUCUCCAGCACCCUCAUGGUAUGACCAUCUUUGAGGACAACAUCUACUGGUCGGAGCGCUACACCAGCAAAGUGAUGAGGACGAACAAGUUCCACGGUGGCAACAUCACCACUCUGAUGACCAAUGUCUACCAGCCAAUGGGCAUCGUAAUGGACCAUCCCAUCAAACAGCCCACAGCCAUCAACCCAUGCAGAGAGCACCUGUGCACUCAGCUGUGUCUGCUGGCAGGCCUCAGACCCAGGUACUACACCUGCCAUUGUCAGUCUGGCUGGAAGCUCGAUGCCGACAAACGCACCUGUGUCAAAGAUGACACUCCCUUCUUGAUGGUGGUGAGAGAUUCUGUGAUUGUUGGCAUUCCCCUGGACCCCGCUGACCCUUCCAACAAUGCAAUGGCCCCAGUGUCCGGCAUCAGCCAGGGGCGGGACAUCGACUUCGAUGACCAGCUGCAGUUCAUCUAUUGGGUCCAAAGCACUGGUUCUAUAUGGCAAGUGAAGACCAGCGGUACCAACAGGUCUGAGUUUGCUCCAGCUGCUUUCAUGGGCUCGCCGUCUGGUCUGGCUUUUGAUUGGAUAGGCCGGAUUAUGUAUUACACCAAUCCCACUGUGAAGACCAUAGAGGUCAUCCGUGUGGAUGGAGUCCAGCACUACAGGAAGACCCUCAUCACCUUCACUGGUAAACCUGAGGGAGCAGGAGAGCCCAUUGGAAUAGCUCUGGAUCCAGCCCGAGGGAAAUUGUUUUGGACAGAUAAGGGGUCAGACAAUGGAGUUCCCCCAAAGGUUGGCAGUGCUGAUAUGGACGGGGGGAACCCCAGGAACCUCUACACAGAGAACCUGGCCAACAUAGGAUACAUCGCUGCUGACAUCUCCACCAGGAAACUCUACUGGGGUGUUUCGGGCUCAGGGGUGAUUGAGAGUGGUACCAUGGAUGGAGUCACCCGGAUGGCGGUGGUGAACGGCCUGUCCCACCCAUGGGGGCUGACGAUCCACCAGAACCAUCUCUACUACACCGACCUGGACUACGAGGUCAUCGAGAGGGUGGACAAGGACAAUGGGGCCAACAUGGUGGUGAUGAGGAGCGGCAUGUCUGGCCUGCGCGCCCUAAAAGUGCACGCCAGAGACAAUUCAGCAGGGACCACCAACGCCUGCAGCUCCAACAACGGGGGCUGUCUCCACCUCUGUCUUCCAACACCAGACAAUAAGAAGACCUGUGCCUGCACUACAGGAUUCAACCCUUCUCCAGACGGCUCCCGCUGUGAACAAUAUGAGUCGUUUGCAAUUGUCUCCACAUCAAAGUACAUCCGUGGCUUCCACAUAAACAGCUCCGACCACUCUGAGGCUAUGGUGCCUGUCGGGGGACCUUCCUACUCCGUUAAAGGCAAGUUAGACCUCCAUAUUGAAUCUGGCUUUGUGUACUGGAGUGACAACAGCACCUCCACCUCAUACAGGGGCAUCUUCAGGGCCAAGACAGACGGAGGAAGAUACAGCACUGUCCUCAACUCUGGCAUUGGAAAAGGAGGCAUUCAGGGCUUCGCUGUAGACUGGAUUGCAGGUAACCUAUACUUCACCAAUGCCUUCGAAGGCGAGACAUUCCUGGAGGUGCUUGCCAUCAACACCACGUACCGGAUGAUUCUCCUCAAGUCUUCGCAGGACCAGCCUCGUGAUGUGGCUGUUAGCCCUAAACUCCGCUACCUCUUCUGGACUGACGGUGGCCAAACACCCAAAAUCGAGCGAGCCUCGCUGGACGGCACAAACCGCACUGUGUUGGCUUCAGAAAGCUUAGCGUCCCCUCGUGGCCUGACCAUUGAUUACACCAAUGAUUUCCUCUACUGGACAGAUGACGUUCUUGAUAUGAUCUCCAGAAUGGCCGUAGACGGCACACAGAGACAGAUUGUUCGGUACGGGAGCCGGUAUCCAUUUCCAACAGGGAUGGCUAUAUUUGGAAACUACAUGCUGUGGGUGGAUAAAAAGCUAGGGAAGCUCCUACAGGCCAGUAAGGACCCGGCCAAUACCGACCAGCCAGAGGUUAUUUUGGACAAUCUUGACGGGCUGAUGGAUGUCUCUAUCUUUGAUGCUCAUGUCCAGCCGACAUCUGCCAACCAGGUGGGCUUCAACCCGUGUCAGGAAGAUAACGGACGCUGCCAGCAGCUCUGCUUCGCCCUGUCAGGCCAGGAGGCUCCGAAAUGUGGCUGUGCUCAUGGGUCACUCCUUAAUAACGGAGUAACAUGCGGUUACGGACAGGACGAGUUUCUAGUUUUCACCACAGACUCCACGCUGAAUAGCAUGAGGUUAGAUCCUGCAGAUCACAGCACCCCCUAUCCAACCGUGAACUUAGGCUACAACUUGAUGGCUUUGGAUUAUGACUUCAAAGAAAAGAGAAUUUUCUUCACCCAGAGUAUGGGAAUUGGUCGGAGCAGAAUUGGCUACGUCACCACAACAUCCAUCACCACCCCGCCUGUCAUUCUGGCUACAAAUUUGGAUGACCCAGAGGGAUUGGCGUAUGAUUGGGUCAACAAGCGUCUCUACUUCACUGACUACUACAGCCGCACUGUCCAAUCUAUGGGGGUGGAUGGGAUGAACCGCUCAAUCAUUGCCCAUGCAAACCGUCCCAGAGGCAUCAUUGUUGACCCCUGCUACGGCUACCUGUACUGGACUGACUGGGGCUAUCCAGCUAAGAUUGAGAGGGCCACACUGGGGGGAAACUUCCAGACCUCCAUCAUCAACACCAGCCUGUCCACGCCCAACGGCCUGUCUCUGGAUUACGAGGAGAGGAUGCUCUACUGGGCUGACUCCUCAUUAGACAAAAUUGAGAGGGCCACUCUGACUGGGAAGAACCGACAAGUGAUCGUACAGGGGGCCCAGUACCCAUACGCCAUGACCGUCUUCAAACAGGAUAUCUUCUGGACCGACUGGACUGAGAGAGCCGUCUUUAGGGCAGGGAAGGACGAUGGCUCUGACUUUGCAGUGCUGGCCCAGGACAUGCAGUACCGACCAAACGACAUCCAUGUUUAUUCCGCGUCGACGCAGGAGAGCUGCAACAGCUCCUGUCAGCAGUUCAACGGAGGCUGCAGCAAUAUCUGUGUUUCUGGUCCACUGGGCCCUGAGUGCCAGUGUCCUCAUGAGGGGAAGUGGUACCUGGCCAACAACGGCAAAGACUGUAUCAAAGACACGGGGAAACGCUGCGAGCCAGAGCAGUUCACCUGUCUCAGCGGUGACUGCAUCUCAGCGCGCUGGAAGUGUGACGGCGACAACGACUGCUACGAUAACUCAGAUGAGCUGGAGAGAGUGUGUGCCUUCCACACCUGCUCCGCCAUGGACUUCACCUGUGACAAUGGCCGCUGCGUGCCGAUGAGCUACGCCUGUGACUACACGGACGACUGUGGGGACAACAGUGACGAACGAGGGUGCCCCUUCCCCACAUGUAACCCCUCCACAGAGUUCACCUGCACCAACGGGCGCUGCAUCAGUGCAGCCUUUGUCUGUGACGGACACAACGACUGCCGAGACAACACCACCUCCGACGAGAUCGACUGCCCUGACAGGACGUGUCCUGCAGGGCAGAUCAAGUGUGAACGCAACAACAUCUGCAUCUACCCUGAGAACCUGUGUGAUGGCUACAACAACUGUGGAGACAACAGCGAUGAGAAUCCUCUCUUCUGCGCGGGUCGCACAUGCUCUCCGGAUCAGUUCAGCUGCGAUGGAGGGAAGUGUAUCCCAGACUUUUGGGUGUGUGAUUCCGUCCGAGACUGCAAUGACGGGACAGAUGAACCUCUUUCCUGCAAGGAUCAAAUCAAAACAUGCGGCCCAAGCCAGUUCACCUGUACAAAUGGAAACUGCAUCCCCCAGUUAUUGAUCUGCGAUGGCAACAACGACUGCUGGGACGACAGUGACGAGGCUCCAGAGCUACAGUGCGGCCAACGCACCUGCAGUUCGGACCAGUUCACCUGUCUGACCUGGUUCCCCGGCUACCCGCGCUGUGUGCCGUUAAGCUUUGUGUGUGAUGGGGACAAAGACUGCGCCAACGCGGCCGAUGAGCUCCAGAACUGCCCCAACCGCACCUGCCACAUGAAUGAGUUUGUCUGUUCCAACGGGCUCUGCAUCUUCCUCCCCUACCACUGCGACCGUGUGAAUGACUGCGGGGACGGCAGUGAUGAGUUGGGCUGUAGCUAUGACACCUGCAGCAGCAGCGAGUUCACCUGCAGUAACGGCGCCUGCACCCCCGCCUCCUUCGCCUGCGACGGGGAGAGCGACUGCAUGGACGGCUCGGAUGAGGCCGACAGCUUGUGCGUCACGACCCAGCCCACCUGUGCUCCCACGCAGUACAUGUGCAAGUCAGGAGAGUGUAUCGACAUCAACAAGGUGUGCGACGGACAGAAGGACUGCCAGGACAACAGCGACGAGAAAGGAUGCGGAAUCAAUGAGUGCCGUAGCCCGUCAGUCCACAAGUGUGCGCAGCUGUGCACCGACACCCUCACCGGGUUCUACUGCUCCUGCAACGCCGGCUACCGACUCAUGCCCGAUGGCAAAGCGUGCGAGGACCUCGAUGAGUGUACCAGCACACCCGCCGUCUGCAGCCAGAUCUGCGAGAACACUGUCGGGUCGUACCACUGCAAAUGUGCCCCGGGGUACCUCCGUGAACCGGACGGACGCACCUGUCGUCAGAACAGUGGCAUUGCGCCCUACCUGUUGUACAGCAACCGCUACUACAUCCGAAAUAUAACCACCGAUGGGUCACAUCUGAGUAUCGUCCUCCAGGGGCUCUCCAAUGUAGUGGCUUUAGAUUUUGACGACCAAGAGAAGAGGCUUUAUUGGGUGGACGCGGGGACGGGGAAGAUUGAGAGGAUGCGUUUUGACGGGACUGACAGGGAGACGGUGAAAGACGAUGCAAGAGGAGUUGAAGGCCUGGCGCUGGACUGGGUGGGCAGGAAGUUGUACUGGGUGGACGGUUAUUACGGAUCGGUUCAUGUGAUGGAGCUGGAUGGGCGCUACCAGAAGAGACUGCUGUCAGGAGAAUUCACAGAAGGAAAUACGACUUAUCUCAUCAGCCGACCUCGUGCUGUGGCUGUUAACCCGAAAUAUGGAUGGCUGUACUGGACUGACUGGGGUGACACAGCAUAUAUCGGCAGAGUCGGCAUGGAUGGAAGCAACAUCAGUGCCAUCAUCACAACCAAGCUGGAGUGGCCCAACGCUCUGACCAUCGAUUACACCACCAACAAGAUCUUCUUCGCUGAUUCCCACCUGAACUUUCUGGAUUUUGCCGACAUGGACGGCAAGAACCGCCACCGGGCCAUUGCUGGUACACUUCCUCAUGUCUUUGCUGCUUCCCUGUUUGAGGACUGGGUCUACUGGACGGACUGGAACACACACACAGUGGAGAAGGCUCACAAGUACACAGGAGAGCAGCGCACAAUCAUGGGCAACAACACGCAUCGGCCCUAUGACAUCCGCGUCUCCCACCCCUACAGGCAGCCUCGCAGUGAAAACCCCUGCUCCUCCCAUUACCUGACCUGCAGUCACCUGUGUCUGGUUGCCCCCGGCGGGGAGAGAGCUACCUGCCAGUGUCCAGAUCACUUCAUCGGCCUCGCUGUGGGCUUCAAGAUCCAGUGUGUCGCCGACUGCUCAAGCACGCAGUUCAGAUGCGGGGACAACGAGAAGUGUGUUUCUAUAUGGUGGAAGUGUGACGGCCAGUCAGAUUGUGGUGACGGCUCAGAUGAACCUCAGACCUGCCCGCCUCGAAUCUGCCCCAUCGGCCAGUUCCAGUGUCAGGAUGGAAACUGCACCUACCCCGGCUUCCUCUGCGACGGCCACUCCGACUGCCCUGACAGCUCAGAUGAGGAUGCAGCUCUCUGCAGUGACCACCGAUGCCAGGAAAACCAGUUCCAGUGUAAGAACAAGAAGUGCAUCCCAGUCUCCUGGCACUGCGACGGAGUGAAUGACUGUGGAGACGGCAGCGACGAAGACGCAGACAUGUGCUCCCAGAGGACCUGCACACCGGGACAGUUCCAGUGUGCUAACGGACGCUGUCUGCCGUCCAGCUACGUGUGCGACGCCCAGGACGACUGUGGGGACGGAUCUGAUGAGCCGUAUGAAACCUGCAUGGGUCCGGACUACAAGUGUGAUGCGGACACUGAGUUCUCCUGUAAGACAAACUACCGCUGUGUCCCUCAGUGGGCUCGCUGCGACGGCACCAACGACUGCAUCGACAACAGCGACGAGCAGGGCUGCGAGGAGGUGACCUGUGAUCCUCUGGGAGAUUUCCGAUGUGACAACCACCGCUGUGUCCCCAUCCGCUGGCAGUGUGACGGCAGCGACGACUGUGGGGACGGCUCAGAUGAAAGGAACUGCCAGCCGAGGCCUUGCUCUGAGAGUGAGCAUCGAUGUGACGACGGACAGUGCAUUCCUGGAAACUGGGUCUGUGACCAUGACAACGACUGUGGGGACAACUCGGAUGAACGGGACUGUGAGUUGCAGACGUGUCGCCCAGGAUCCUUCCAGUGUGACUCGGGUCACUGUGUCCCCGCCGCUCUGCAGUGUGACGGCCGGCCCGACUGCCAGGACCUGUCGGAUGAGACCAGCUGUCCUACUCGUUACCCAGGAGGCCGUUGGUGUCCUCAGAGUGAGUUCCAGUGUGCGAACCGUCUGUGUGUGAGCCAGAGCUGGGUGUGUGACGGAGUAGAUGACUGCGGGGACCGCUCCGACGAACAGCUCACUUUAUGCUUGAACGUCACCUGCGAGCUGCCGUUCAGGUUCCGCUGUGCAAACGGCUACUGCCUCUACUCCGGUUUGAUGUGCAACCAGAAGGACGACUGUGGGGACGGCAGCGACGAGAAGGAAGAACUCUGCCGCGAGCCCACGCUGCCACCCUGCACUUUGGAAGAGUUUAAAUGCACCAACGGACACUGUGUGGCCCUGCCGUACGUCUGUGACCACAACGACAACUGUGGAGACCGCACCGAUGAAUUAGGCUGCAAUUUUGGCCACGAUCGCAACUGUGAUGAGAAGCUGUGCCAGCACGAGUGCACCAACCUGAACGGCACCGGCUUCAUCUGCUCCUGCCGGCCCGGAUACACCGUGGACCCAGUCAGCACCUACACCUGCAUGGACAUCGAUGAGUGUGAGGUGUUCGGCACCUGCCCUCAGGUCUGUAAGAACACCAAGGGUGGCUACGACUGUGAGUGUUCCCAAGGCUACCGGAAAGUGGGCAACGGAAACAUGUGCGAGGCUGAGGGAACGACCCCCCUGCUGCUUCUUCCGGAGAACAUUCGUAUCCGGAGGUUCAACCUGCAGACGGAGGCCUACCACGACUUCCUCCGAGAAGAGGAGCACAUCAUGGCUCUGGACUACGACUGGGACCACAACGACACCGGACUCAGUAUGGUGUACUUCACUGUAGCCGGUAAGGACUCUGCAGCGGGGGCCAUUAAGAGAGCGUACAUCCCCUCAGUGGACGAUGGCAGCAACAACAUCGGUGCUGCUGUCGACCUCGGCAUCAAAUACAUCACCACACCAGACGGCAUCGCUGUGGACUGGGUGGGCAGGAACCUCUACUGGGCAGACUCCAGGGUGAAGAGGUUAGAGGUGGCCAUGUUGGACGGACGCUACAGAAAACAACUAGUCAAGACUGAUCUGGGACAUCCGUCUGCUGUGGCCGUCAACCCACGACUGGGGAUGUUGUACUGGGCAGACCGUGGGGAAGCUGCCAAGAUCGAGUGCUCCUGGCUGGAUGGGCAGGAGAGGAAAGUCCUGGUGAGCGACGGCCUGGGUUGGCCGACUGGUCUGUCAAUCGACUUCACCAACGGCGACAGAGUCUACUGGUCUGACUCCAAGGAGAGCCGCAUAGAGUCUGUUCUGCCCUCAGGAGAGGGACGCAGAACUGCCGUCUACAUCGAUGUGAGGAACCCCUUCAGCGUGAGUGUGUUCGAGGAUCACGUUUAUUGGAGCACUCAGGAGAAAGGCGAGGUGUUUCGGCAGGACAAAUUUGGCCGCGGAUCAAAAACCAAGCUUCUGACCGGGGGGCCGUGGCUGACCCAGGUCUCUGUGUACCAGCAGCAGAGAUACAACUCUCUAGAUAUGAAGAGUCCGUGUAAGGGAACCUGCAGCCACCUGUGUCUGCUCCGGCCGGGGGGGUACACCUGCUCCUGCCCCCAGGGGACCGGCUUCAUCCCCGGCAGCCACACCGAGUGUGAUGCAGGUUUUGAUCCCCCGCCCACCAUGCCCCCACAGUGUCAGUGUCAAAAUGGAGGCACCUGUUACUUUGAUGACAACAAGGCUCUCUGCAAAUGUCCUCCAGAGUGGACGGGAGAUUACUGCCAGAAAAACAAAUAUGACGCGGUCACAUCCUCAAUUGGCAUAGCGAUCGGGGUGACAGUAUUGAUCGUGGUUCUGCUGGUCACUCUGGUCUAUGCUGCCAGGAAGAAGUCCAGCCUGUUCAGCCAUCUGCCCUCAAUGCCCAGUAUGCCCUCAAUGCCCUCAAUGCCCAGUAUGCCCUUGAUGCCGUCCAUGCCCAACCUGCCAAGCUUCAGAAAUAGUGCGUCUCCAAAUGCAUCGAGAACAGAGGAGAGUGAAGCGGGGCUGAAUUGUGAAGCGGUUCCCUGUAUGUUGGUGUCCAUGUUGGAAACAGACGUGAAGAGUUUUGAGAACCCGGCAUAUCAAGUUGAAGAACAACCUCCUUCCACGAGCGCAGUGGCAGCUACCUCUGCAAACGAGGAGAACGUGAUGAACCCUUUGUAUGUGGAGGAAGUUAAAGUUGUGGACGAGCCCUCGAGAAGUGCAAACACACCUACUGUCAACAUGGAGCCUUUUGAGAACCCGGCAUACGGCUCAGACGUGGAAGAUAUCGACGUCACUUCUACACAACAAACGGCUUCCAGCAUACAGCUGUUGGAACCCAUUGAUGAUGAGAGUUUUGGGUCUUUCCAAAACCCCACAUACGCUGAGCAAAGACCAGAUUCUGACAUUUGACUCGACCUCGUCAUCAGGGAUUAAACUGGAUGGCGUUCAGGACUGAAAACUCGUCAUUUCCUUUGGAGGGAGGACGCAAAACAAAUCAACCAAAACAUUUUGUAAAAGAAAGAAAAUGAAUUAAAUGAUUUCAUGUGAGAUUCAUUCAAUAAAUGAAUAGAAACUUGUAAUGUCUGUAUUUAUGAUUUGUUUUUAUUAUAUCCUUUUGUACAUUUUGAUUUUGAGAAGGUUGAAUAAAAAAACUGCUUUUAUCAUCA